AUGCACUGGGGUUCGCCACCUUCCGCCGUGUCGCUCCGCCUCCGCCUCCGCUUCCGCGCCGCCGCCGCCGCCGCGCCGCGCCACCUCACCUGCGGGCGGUACGAACCCCUUCCAGGACGUUCCUCCUCCCUGCCCACCGGGUGCCAGGAAAUUUCAGCUCCUUCUAUUCUUCUGGGCAGAAUGUACAGAAGUAGUGCUGAUUUUCAACUUCUUCCUUCCUCCGUUCCAGCUGCUUCAGUCUACCUGAUCCGCAGUGCACAACAUACGAAUAUUAUUCUGCCACAAAGUAAAGAUGUUUUAUACUUCGUGUAA